CUCUCCGUCUCCUCCUUCAAUGGCUUUUCAACACCUGACCUGUUUCCUCUCACUCGUCCUCUACCUUUCCACGUUCCAGUUUUCUCAUGCCCAGCUUCUUUUUCAGGCUUUCAACUGGGAAUCAUCUAAGAACAGUCAAGGGUGGUAUCAUGUUCUCAAGAAUUUGGUGCCUCAGAUAGCAGAGGCGGGAGUCACCCAUGUUUGGCUUCCUCCAGCCUCACAGUCGGCUUCUCCGGAAGGUUACCUUCCCGGCAAAUACUACGACUUGGAUUCAUCGAGGUACGGGACGGGGGCUGACCUCAGGGACCUGAUAAAGGCAUUUCACACGGCGAACAUCAAGUGCCUCGCUGACGUCGUGAUCAACCACCGGACGGCGGCCAAGAAGGAUGGCCGGGGCAUAUGGUGCCAAUUCGAAGGUGGAAAGGGGGAUGGGAGCCUGGACUGGGGACCCUGGUCCAUUUGCAAGGAUGACACCCAGUACUCCGAUGGCACCGGCAACUACGACACUGGCGAAGGCUAUGCCGCCGCGCCGGACAUCGACCACCUGAACCAGAGGGUCCAGAAGGAGCUCACUGACUGGCUCAACUGGCUUAAGUCCGACAUCGGGUUUGAUGGCUGGCGCCUCGACUUCGCCAAGGGCUACUCGACCGACAUAACCAAGGGCUACAUCCAGCGAGCCCAGCCCGAGUUUGUCGUAGGCGAGGUGUGGACCACAAUGGGCUCAGACCCAGUUCAAGGUCCGAUUAACCAUAGGAGGGAGCUGGACAACUGGGUGAGUGGCACCGGCAGAGCUGCGGCGGCGUUUGAUUUCACCACCAAGGGAGUGCUGCAGUCUGCAGUCAACAAUGAGCUAUGGAGGUUGAAGGAUCCACAGGGAAGGCCUUCAGGACUCAUAGGGAUCUCGCCGGAGAAAGCUGUGACUUUUAUAGACAACCAUGACACGGGGUCAACUCAAAAGUAUUGGCCUUUUCCUUCAGACAAAGUCAUGCAAGGCUAUGCUUACAUCCUCACACAUCCCGGCAUCCCCUCAAUUUUUUAUGAUCACUAUUUUGAUUGGGGGCUGGCCAGGGAGAUUAAGAUGUUGAGUGGGAUUAGGGCCAAGAAUGGGAUUAAGCCUGGAAGCGCUGUUGAGAUAUUGGUUGCAGAUAAAGAUCUCUAUGUGGCUAAGAUCGAUGGAAAGGUCAUCGCGAAGAUUGGGUCCAGGGUUGAUGCCGGCGGCCUCAUUCCGCCGGGCUUCCGCAUGGUCACGUCCGGCAAGGACUAUGCGGUGUGGGAGAAGGUCUGAAGGGUUUGAUAUGUGAUCAAUCUCUAUAAUUAUUGCGCCAUGCACAAUAUUAGUAUUCUUAAUCAUGUUUUGGGGUUGUCUUAUUUAUUUUUCAUUUGUUCAGAAGCCACUUAAGAGCUUCGUCAUCAUCUGAUUCUUCAUUUAGAAUAUGCUACGAAUAAAACUCAUUCUGUACGUCUUAGUAUAAGUACCUCGUCUUUUGGAGGGACUACAUGCUCAGACGCCGUUGGUGAACAUUGUAUUUCUUGAUUGUCCUCAUCCUUUACUCAUAUAGAAUACUCUAA